UGGAUUCUUUGGUUCGUCUCUUACUCCAUCGUUUCCUGUUACCUUUUAGCUUCUCCACAUCAUCAUCAUCUCUCUCUCCCUCUUGUGAUUUUCCCUCAAAAUAUUAAAAAAGAAUUUCAGAUACAGAACUUGUUGUUGUAAUCUAAUCUCUCUGUUUUUCUUUUUUUUUUUUUUUUCCUAUGAAUUUUAUAUAAUACGAAAGAGACACACAACACUGUAUUAUCUUGCUUCUUCUCUCUUCUUCUUUCUCUCUUCUCUCUCUCUAUCUCUACAGAGUAAAGUUCUGAUCGUGUCUCUUAUCGUUUACCCAAAAACCUUUCUUUGAUCUCUCUCGUUUCUUGUUUUCUUCUGCCCUCGAAGUUUUCAGGUUAUGGUGAAGAUUGUACCUUUAGGUUAGAAAUUAGGCUUCUUUGUUUCUCCAGUUAGUGAGAUUGUAGAAAGAAAUUGAUUUUAGGUGUUAAUGUGAGAUUAUUAGUAAUCAUAAUCUCUGCUCUUAAGAAGGUAGUAGGAGAAUAGGGUUUAGUAGAAGAAAGGUUAAAACUUUGGUGAUGGGUAAUAAGUUGGGAAGGAAGAGGCAAGUGGUGGAAGAAAGGUAUACAAAGCCACAAGGUUUGUAUGUGAAUAAAGAUGUCGACGUUAAAAAGCUCAGAAAACUCAUUGUAGAGUCUAAGCUUGCUCCUUGCUAUCCCGGAGACGAUGAAAGCUGCCACGAUCUUGAAGAAUGCCCCAUUUGUUUCCUGUAUUAUCCUAGCCUCAAUAGAUCAAGAUGUUGCAUGAAAAGCAUUUGUACAGAGUGUUUUUUGCAAAUGAAGAAUCCUAAUUCAGCUCGGCCUACUCAGUGCCCAUUUUGUAAAACUCCCAAUUAUGCUGUCGAGUAUCGUGGCGUAAAGACAAAGGAGGAAAAGGGCAUUGAACAAGUUGAAGAGCAACGGGUAAUAGAAGCCAAAAUAAGGAUGAGGCAGAAGGAAAUGCAGGAUGAUGAAGAGAAAAUGCAGAAACGUCUUGACUCGUGUUCCUCUAGCACAAGUGCAAUGACUGGCGAGAUGGAAUAUGGUUCAGCUUCAGCCAUAUCUUAUAAUUCCCCCAUGGAAGACGGGGCAAUUGCUCCAUCACAGAACGCAGCAGUUGUUAGACAGCAUUCCCGUCCUCGAGGAAACAGGGAUGAUGAGGUUGACGUUGACCUUGAGGAAUUGAUGAUUAUGGAAGCAAUAUGGCUCUCUGUUCAGGAAACAGGGACGCAGAGAAAUUCAGCUUCUGGGGAAAUGACCUCUUCUAGGCAGUAUGUAACAGAUAAUCAUAGUUAUGUUUCUUCACCACCACGAAUGGCUCCAAUCGUUGAACCAGCAACACCGUCCUCAUCAGCUGGUGGACUUGCUUGUGCAAUCGCCGCACUUGCUGAACGCCAAAUGGUUGGCGAAUCCUCCAAUCACAAUCACAAUCACAAUGUCAACGUUUCUUCAUACAGUAUGCUUCCUGGAAAUUGUGACAGUUACUACGACAUAGAACAAGAGGUAGAUGACAUAGACAACCAUCAUCAUCGUCAUCAUCAUUACCAUAACAACACCGAGAUGGGAGAAACAGGAAGCAGCAACAGCUAUGUAAGUUCUUACAUGACCGGCGAGAGCUUCCACAACUUUCUUCCUCCUCCUCCACCUCUGGUCAUUGUUCCAGAGAGUUUUGAGGAACAGAUGAUGAUGGCUAUGGCUGUGUCUAUGGCAGAGGUUCAUGCCACGACGACAAGUGCACCAACUGAAGUUACUUGGCAAUAAAUAGGAUAAUAAUGGAAACUCAUGGGUCUUAUAUCUGAUGAUUAUCACUUCAUUCAUAUAUGUCUGUUCCUAUAGGAAGAAAGAAAAGAAAUGAUUUCCAGUUUUAAUAGAAAAAGUUGGGUUUGUGUUGCAGCUUCUUUA